AUGAAUUCUCUUCCCAGCCCACCCAACUCGGAGUCCGACGCCCGAUGGAAGCCGGCCAUUGCGACCGUUAGCCUCGGAGCCGCCCACCUGCACCCGUUGACGGCCAAAAUUGAUGCUGCUGCAAAGAAUGGCCAGCAAGGCCUCGAGCUCUUUCACGAUGAUCUAGCGCAGCUUGCCAAGACGCUAUGCUGUCAGUCAUCAUGCGCUGUUCCAGAUCGCUCCGAUCGGGAGUACGAGAUUGACGCCGCACACGCCAUCCGCGACCUCUGUGCGCAGCGCGAUCUUCAAGUGCUGGCGCUGCAGCCCUUUCGCCAUUACGAAGGCCUCAUCGAUCCAGCCCGGCACGCGGAGCGCAUUGACGAGUUCAAGCACUGGGUAAAACUGGCCAAGAUCCUUGGAGAUAAUCUCUUCAUUUUAAUCCCGUCAUCCUUCCUAGAUGCUUCCGAGAUCACUGGGGACCGAGACCGGUUAGCGGCUGAUUUAGCCGAGGCGGCCGAUCUGGCAUGUCCCGUGCGCGUCGCCUACGAGGCGCUUGCCUGGGGUACACACAUCAACACUUGGGAGGAUUCUUGGGACCUGGUGCGGCGGGCCAACCGGCCUAAUCUGGGUAUCUGUCUGGAUACUUUCAAUAUCGCGGCUCGCCUGUGGGCCGAUCCUACCAGUGCAACGGGACGUCAGCCGGCCAGUGCGGACAAGGAAUUGCAGGAGUCGAUGGAUCGGCUGGUUCGAGAGGUCGAUCCGGACCGCGUGAUGAUCGUUCAACUGGCCGAUGGUGAGCGGGUCGACCCAAAAGUUCACUUUCUCCAAGCACCGGGAAUGCUCAAGCUGCUGGCGUGGUCGCGGAAUGCUCGUCUGUUCCCGUGCGAGGAAGAGCGAGGUGGCUAUCUUCCGAUCCGAGACGUCGCGGAUGCCUGUCUCAAUCGCUUAGGGUACUCGGGAUGGGUCAGCAUGGAGGUAUUCUCGCGGACUCUCGGGGUUGAUAACCCGCAGGUGGCCGAUGAGCAUGCCGCACGGGCUAGCAGGUCCUGGCGGCGGAUGUUGGACUCUCUAGAAGGGAAACCGGCGAAUGAUCCCCUUACAUCUUAG